GGAAGGAAGGAUGGAAGGAAGGAACGAUGGAAGGAUUAUAGGAAGGAAGGAAGAAAGGAGUGUAGGAAUAAAUGACUGUAUGUAAUCUAGGAAAUUCAGAAACGAGCUACGGCAGUUGUAGCGAGAACACAAACUCGGUGAACAUCAUGCAUAGAUGUGGCUUAAGAAUAUUUGUGUCUAAAAAUGCUGAAACGUUUAGAAAUUUUGAAGGCACAAUUGACGUAAUCCCAUAAUAAUUAAACACAAAUGAGUCAAGAUCUGUUUCGUAAAAGUCAAUAUCAAAAGCAAUCAGCAAAGGACAUAAAUUGUUUUUUCACCCUAUUCUAAUGACAGUUCAGUGGAAGAAUCAUUUCAUGAAUUGUUGGUAAAUGAACAGAAUUGACAGGUGGCCCAUCGAUCUCAGAGUGGCUCUAUAUUGAUUCUGCACACCGAGUUCCUAGUAGUAUUCAUCUUAUCUUUAAUGUCGUGAAGGUCACAGCAUAGCACAUAGAAAAGACUAAGCCCUUAAUGACGAAGCGUAGUAACUUUAGUUCAGUUUUCAAUUGCAAGAAUGCCUUAAUUUGUAUAUUUGUAUAUUUUUGAAAUAAACGUGUGAAAACUGUAACGCUUUUUGCAGUUUAACAGCAUUGUUGACGGCUUUCAUGGAUUUUUCUUGGCUGAGUUUCAGCGAUUCGGCGCACAAAGUAUUGAUAUAUCUUCGGACAAAGCCUUACCAAUGGCAGAGAUAAAGCUGUUCUGCAUCAGUGCGUCGGUGAAAGGUCAACUGAUGGCAAGAAUAAAGACAGGAAUAAAGUCAAUGUCAAUCUUCCACAGCAAUUAUUUGGAGGAGCUGGAUACAGAUGACUGCAGAUGUCCUCCUGCAGCUGUGAACCUCAACUUGAGCAAGACUCUGGACCAGGCCAGGGUGUACUAUACAACGGAUAAGAUGGUCUUUAAAGCAAAAGUACAACAUUCACGAUGCAGUUCGUCAGUGAAGACCUUUUCAUAUUGGCAUAUCACCAAAGCAAACUUAAAGGGUAGAAAUUUCUACUCCUUUCUUCCUGGUGGAAUUAAAAAUGAUAAACCUGUUUGGUCGAUGCGGAGAAGAACAAGUCUCGACAGCUACUAUUACGUCAGUUACGUUUUAAGAACCUCGCCACAGUUGAAAAUUAUUGGAUAUGACUUUGGUUUCAUCUUACUUCUUCAGAGUUCCCCUGUCGCUAAUAUUUCAGGCCCGUCUUUUGCAACUAUAGGACAAGGGAAUAUUACGUUGAAUGGCUCUCGAUCCUAUGACCCACAUCCCAAACAAGGACGUCCUCUAACCUUCACCUGGUUUUGCAGACGAAGUUACGAAACAUUCCUGGAAAACGAUUCGCUUCCGGUUGAUGCUCCAAAUGGUAACGCAAACCUGUCAGGUGGUUGCUAUGGUUUCGGUCCAGGAAGACUCAGUGGUCGUGAAAAUGUAAUAAAUGUGGAUGUAGACAAAAUGGAGGGAGGAAAAACGUAUGUGUUUGAGCUUGUUGUUUCAAACGGUGUCGAAAGCUCCAGGGCCACCCAUCGGUUAGUGGUGGCAUCAUUCUUUAUCAGUUGCAUUUACAAUUGUGGCCCUGAAGUCAUUCCCAAGAAGCAAAUGAUCAUAGAAUCCAACUGUACUGGAGAUAUUUGCGGAACGAUCGCUCGCCACGAAUGGUCUCUGUUUAAGAGAGAGAACUCCAGGCUGUCUAGCUCUUGGGUGCAAAUCUCGGACUUAGCUGAGCGAAUACUCACCGACCUAGACAACCCAAAUAUAGUCCUUACCGGCAAGCUGGGUGAUAAUAAGUAUUCCCUUGAGAUGAAUACCACAUACAAGAUAAAGGCAUCCAUAAUAAUAGAAGGAGGAAUUGUUUUAGAAGACGACUUACCCUUUCGAACUGUAAAACCUCUCUCUGUUCCCAAGAAAAGAUGCAGUGUGAAACCAAAGGAAGGGUUUGUUUUGAAAACCAAUUUUUCGGUGGACUGUUCUGGAUGGCACAAUGAGAACAAAUACUUGACAUAUAGUUUCAGUUACACUACUUCAACUGGUAUGGUAAGCGCCAGUGGUAGGCACAGUCCAUACAUAUCAGCAACUCUUCCUCAAGGAAAUAAGUCAGAAGAUUAUAAUAUAACUAUAAGAGUGAACAUUUUUGACCAAAAAGGAGCAAGCCAGGUGGACAUUUUAACUGUAAAGGUGAAGCCAUUGCCACAGAAUGAUCCCUCACUACAUCCUGCAACUUUAAGUAGUGACAUUACAAACUAUUUGAAUGAAGGAAAAGUUAGUGAGGCGGCUUCUCAUGCAAUUGCCGUGUUGAGUGCAGAUGUUGACGACAAGGCCAAGGACUCCACAUUACAGGCCAUCGCUCGGGCGCAGAUUACACAUGAAAGCCAGGUUACGCAAUUCGCUGCAAUUGUUAUCAUGGCAGCAGAAGGCAGGGCCAGGAUGCCCGUGAACACUCUGGCAAGUAGCAGAUAGUUACUGUACAUUUGAAAAUAACAUGAAUUAUCAUCGCAGUUAUGAAACACAACUUAAGCAGUUGUAAAAACCUGAAAAGAAUUCAGCCUUUAACGGGAUAAGAAACUUUGAUCUGUGUGUGAUUUCAGGCGCCAUUUUCACAACUGCUCAGGAGUGUACAUAACUG